AUGCUUGCUUCAUCGUUUAUCUGGGCCCUAGGCGCCAGCUCCCUUGUGUACGCUCAUGGUAUCCGGGUCGAACGCUCAGAGAAUCGCCUUAUCAAGGGUCCCGCUUCACCAGAUGGCGCCUCGUCAUCCUCCUUUAAUUCAGUGUGGCAAGCAAAACUACAAGACGAUGGACUCGUGAAGCUGGACUUUCAUCGAUUGAUCCCGCGUCAAGACAGCAGUUCGGCGGAUACCGACACUUCAGCAGACGCUACUAGCACGGCGACCAAAGAUACCUCAUUGGCUUCUACUACUAAAGAUGAAGCCAAAAGCACCACGCUCGAAACAACUGCAUCGACGACAGAUGCAUCAACUACAGAAGAAAGCUCUGUGUCGUCAACAACCAGCACCUCAACGUCAACCUCAAGCAUAGCAUCAUCGACAAGCACAACCUCAACCUCCACGGAACCCGGCGCCUCCUGCUACAGCACGACCGUCAAGAGCAGCACCAUCUGUGAAACAACAGGAAUGACCACGUUAACGUGUUAUGCUGCGAACAUCACCUCGAGCACAUGUUCUCCAGGUCUUAUAUGCACGACACAGUCCAGUAAUGGAGUUACGAUCUGCAUGGAACUUCAGAAUGAAGUUGGUACAGCUGGUAUCAUUAUAGCUUCUGUUUUCUCGUCACUUAUACUCAUCUGUGCUUGUACUCUUAUCACCAUGUGUUAUAGGGAUAAGAGCAAGCAGAGGAGGCAGGAGGAGAUGAGGCGGGUGAGAUCGGUCAAGGUUGCUGAGAGGGCUACUCUAUUGCAACGUGCGCAGUAA